UAAAAACCCCAAAAGCCUUAAAUCCAUUUGCUAACACUACAUUAACUUCACAUAUAUACCAAACACAGCUCAAAAUGAAGACCAAUCAACUUUUCCUCCCCUUCCUCAUCUUUACCAUCUCUUUUAACUCUUUCCUCUCCUCAGCUGCCGAAGCUCCUCCAGCAGUAGUCGACAUUGCUGGAAAGAAACUCCGGACAGGCAUCGAUUACUACAUCUUGCCAGUGGUCCGUGGACGAGGUGGUGGACUCACCCUAGAUAGUACCGGCAAUGAAUCUUGUCCACUUGACGCUGUUGUCCAAGAACAACAAGAGAUCAAAAAUGGCCUUCCUUUGACCUUUACACCCGUUAAUCCAAAAAAAGGCGUGAUUCGCGAAUCCACUGAUUUAAACAUCAAGUUCUCUGCUGCCUCAAUCUGUGUUCAGACAACCCUGUGGAAGCUAGAUGACUUUGAUGAAACGACAGGGAAAUACUUUAUCACGAUUGGUGGAAAUGAAGGAAAUCCUGGUAGGGAAACUAUAAGUAACUGGUUCAAGAUUGAGAAAUUUGAACGUGAUUAUAAGCUGGUAUAUUGUCCUACAGUAUGCAAUUUCUGCAAGGUCAUUUGCAAAGAUGUUGGCAUCUUCAUUCAGGAUGGAAUUAGACGUUUGGCUUUAAGUGAUGUCCCAUUUAAGGUUAUGUUUAAGAAGGCUCAAGUCGUCAAGGAUUGAAGAAGAAAAAUGAAGUAACAAACUAGUCGCUUAAUAAUUUGCAUUUAUUCGAAUAUUUCUGAUUUGCUGAAAUGAACUACUAGUAAUAAGAGAAGCAUGAGCUUCCAAACUCAAGAAAUAUGUAUUUCAUCUAAUAAGAGAAGCAUGAGCUUCAAAAGUAAUUAAAAAAAACAAGUGUGCAUUUCAUGUCGUGUACUCUUUUGAUGAAUGUUUGUUUCUUGGCUUAUAGGCUCGAUUCGUCAGGCCUUAGACAUUAUUGAUAUUUGAUCUAUUUGCAUUUGUUGGUUAUGCUGAAUGUACUACACCUUGUAUUGUGAAUUAAUGUCGUCUAUUAUUUCC